UUCAUAUAUAUAUACACUUCAUGAUGUUUAUGUUCCUUGUGAAUGGGAUCGAAGACGUACAGAUAGGAAGAGCUCAAAGAUCCAUAUUUCGUCAGGGAGUGAAUUGAAGAACAAGGAAUCUCGUCUCUGGACUAGAGACCAUCAGAUGCAUGGCCUUGAAAAAGGAGAAGGACAGCACAAUUUUAGGGUGGUUUCAGAACCUCCUCACCUGAUCCCUUCCGACAUUUGUGUGCGUUGUCUCUCAUGCACACAUGCACUGCCAUCAUUUAUGUAUUUUUAACCAAAACUACACUUGCAGAGUAUAGUACACUGUACGCCCACCACCCUAGUGGGAUCUAGUCCGAUCCCCACCCAAGUUUUGCCCCACACACACGUACUCUCUCUCUCUCUCUCUCUCUCUCUCUCUCUCUCUCUCUCGUUUUCUUCAUGAAUUCCUUCUCUUUCUAACUCAAAUCCCCCGAGUACAAAAUCCUUUUCAGCAUCUUGGUUAUAUAUCCUCGAAAAGGCGAGCACGCAACUAUUUCUCAUCCAUAUAUAACUUAUCCUAUCAAUAUAUAUAUAAAAAAAAAAGGGAGAAUGAAUAGUUUUGAUUCUCAGAGACAAGAUUCCUUGAAAAGGAGAUGGCUAGAAAUGAGAAAUGUCAGUUCAACUCCAACUUCUUCCGGAGCGGACGUGGGAAACCUUAAAAACAAUCCUCGAGGCUUCCUCGGACCUGAUGAUGAUCUUGUCUCCAAUGUAGUCCCGCCGGUGACAAUUGUGCUCGAAGGUCGUUCGAUCUGCCACCGCAUUAGUCUUCAUAAGCAUGCAAGUUACCAUAGCCUAGCUAAGGCCCUGAGGCAGAUGUUUGUGGAUGGUGCAGAUCCUGGACUCACUUCGGAGAAUGAGCUUGAUCUGUCUAAUGCCAUUCCCGGGCAUCUCAUCGCUUAUGAAGACAUAGAAAAUGAUCUUCUUCUCGCCGGGGACCUCAGUUGGAAGGACUUCGUACGUGUGGCGAAGAGAAUUCGAAUACUGCCAGUGAAGUCAAAUUCAAGGAAGGGAAUAUAGCAAUUUGCUGGUGUUUAGCGUUUUGUGGACUUGCGAUUUUAAAUCGAAAACUUAAUUUGGGAAUUGCAUGGAAUGUCAUUGUCAUUAGUUCUUGAUUUCCAAAUGUAAUGCUCCUUAUAAUUUCCGAGUAUCAUGAUGAAUAAAAGUGAUCUUCUUCCUA